GACAUGCAUAAGUUUGAACCCCAGUAUACCUAUGCCCAUUGCAUGCGACGGUGCGAGAUCCAGAGACUGGGUGGUCUGGGCAGAUACUUUCGAGUUUCCGUGCUUCUUGUUACAUUUUGCGGAAUAUUUUUGACCUCAGCCAAGCCAAGAACAACGUCUGUUUUGCAACUGAAAUCUUUAAAUGAACUUCUCGUUCUCUCAUCUCAUCGUGGUGAAAGUGAGGCAACUAGCUUGAAUAUCUGCCCCAGAAUCACUAAGUCGUUCUCGGAAAGCGUUCAGCUGUCACACUGCAGCCAUGAUGCCCGUUCGAGAGAUGACUCUAGACUCCAGAGUCUCAUUAGACGUGGGCAACGCUGCCUUGACUCGAGUAGCGCAUUACCAUAACCUCCGGCAUCUAUCCGUACGGAUUCCGCCAGGGGAUUUGUCUGAACUGCCCGUUGUGCUCGACGUCGACUGUCGAACCGUUCUUGUCAAUACCGUUCGUGCGUGAAGCCAAGCCCUGCGUCGGCACCGCGCGGCUGCGCCAGCCAGCAUUUGCGUUCUGCAUCUACCCUUGCUGUGCUGCAUCGCUUUCUCUUUCUGUGUCAGAACUGCCUCCUUCUUCACGUUCUCGACGCGAGUGCGGGGAGUAAACUUGUCAAUGUACAAUGUACCAAGCUCUAGGGUCAUGCACAAGAGUAACGUACUCUCAACCUUGGGCUCUCGUCAUUACCCCUGUCCGACUCUGUAGCAUCGAAGUCCUGAGUUCCCAGCCCAGGUGACGAGAAUAAGAUCAGGGAAGCUGCAUUGUUGCCCCCCUCAGUUGCAUUUCAAUCUGGCUUUCGUCUCUGAGUUAACGCGUUCUUGCCCUCCUCUGCACCCCUUGAUCGUCUCGAUUCUCAGCUCUACCGCGGUCACUGAC